AUGGAGCAGCUCAUAGACAUAUUGGCCAUGUUGAAUCGUCCGCCAACGACAGCUUCAGCACCGGAGGCCCCAGCAGAUCCAUCUACCCCACCACCAGCUGCUUCACCCCCAGUAGAAGAGGAUGAGGUCUUCCCCGACGAUUACGAUCCUUAUGAGGGAGCUCCAGCGACUCCGAUCGAGGCACAACCUCUUAUCCAUGUACAUGACACCGAGUCGCAGGGUGAGAUUCUGUCGAUAGAGGCACAACCUGCAGUGGUUAAGAGUCGGAAGAGGAAGAGAAAGCCUCCUGUAUGGUUCGGUGACUAUACGGAGAUGAAGAGGAGACAUAGGCCAUCUUCGACUUUUGAUCCCCUGGAGCCACCGGAUGAGAAAUUGUUAACCACUUUCCGAAAGUGGUGUGUUGGACUCAUUCCGAACCACCGACUUCGGGAUUUGAGAAGUGGUGAUUACGGUCCAGGAUUCUUUUGGAUAAUGCUCACACCAAAGGAAUGGCUUACAGAUGACCAUAUAGAUGCAGCAAUGCAUAUGCUGAGGAGGCGACGCACCGACUAUCCACUGACAUUUCCUCAGAAGGGUGUCAUUCUCUCCACAUUCGUGACCGCCAUGAUCAGCAGUGCAUGGACGAGCCACAAGGGUCCGAGGAAAAACUUUGUGUGGGAGGAUUAUAUCCUGGACUACUGCAGAGGGGUUCAUAAGUCCCAAGUCUUUGAGAGAUGGAGGGGUAACGAGUUUAUUUACUUCGUUCUGAACCUUCCCGAGGCAAGGCACUGGGUCACAGUUGAAGUCGACAUAGAGCUGUGGAAAAUUAAUGUCUACGACUGUGAUUCCAGCGUCUGUCAUUGGACCGCCUUGGAACCCAUCCUGAAGGUUUGGGCAGAACUGCUGCCCUCGCUAAUCCUUGCAACCGGGGAAUUUCCACAUAACAACCAGAUCAUGGCGUUAGCUAACUGUGACAUCACGGUGCUUCCAAAAAUGCACGCGACUCGAGCCACUCACGACUUAGUUCCGAAGUCAGCAACCAGUGGUGAUUGUGGCGUCUAUUGCAUUGAGUAUGUGGAGCAUCUCAUGAUGCAGCGUGGAUUGACCGAUGUGACGCCAGACCGGAUAGCUAUGUUUCGUCAACGAUGGUGUGUUGAUUUAUUUUACCAAAAUAUCGGCUGAUUAUAUGUGUAAUUAUUGGGACAUUGUAUAUUUUGUGUAAUUAACAUUACAGUUAUGUAUAUA